UGACCUCCCGGUUGCUGCAGUUUUGGAGGUGAAACGCUUUUCUACGUCUCACCGUCGUUGGCUACUGACCUUCUCCUGUCGUCUCGUAGAAAAUUCAUACCACGGUGGAGACCUGUGCGCACUCCUGAGAGCAAGUUCAUAAUGGGCGGGAAGGCGGAGAGGCUGGUCUGGGUUGACCUCGAGGUAUUAUACAUUUUUCCUCAGCUAUAAUCUACUCAUUGUUGGCAAUGGUGCUCUGUUUACCAAUGUUUACCAAUGCCUUUUCCCAUCUCCACCUGGAAAUACAAUGACCAUAGAUGACAGGUAUGCAGGUAUCAAAUUCCAAAACUGUGUGUUUGGGAACGAGGUGUUCAAUUUUUCAGGCCUGGAUGUCAGUAAGGAUCAAAUACUGGAGAUAGCUUGUGUCAUCACUGAUAAAGAACUGAAUGUUUUGGCAGAGGGUCCAGACAUUAUCAUCCACCAGUCAGAUGAGGUCCUGGGCUCAAUGAACGACUGGUGCGUCACUCACCACGGAGAGUCAGGGCUAACAGAGGCCAGUCGGUGCUCAAGAGUGGGUCUUGGAGAGGCAGAGGAGCAGAUGCUGGAGUUUGUGAAGCAGAAUGUCCCGGCUGGCCGCUGCCCCCUGGCCGGGAACACCAUCCACAUGGACAAGAGGUUCCUCGACAAGUACAUGCCGCGGCUCAUGCAGCACCUACACUAUAGGAUUGUCGAUGUCAGCAGUGUGAAAGAACUCUGCAGGCGGUGGUAUCCAGCAGUGUUUUCUAAAGCUCCAAAGAAACAACUGAAGCACAGAGCUGUGGAGGACAUUAGGGAGAGUAUUGCUGAGCUCAAGUACUACCGAGGAACUAUUUUUAAGAGUUCUUGAAAAAAUAAACUCCCGAUUGUAGCUUUGUAUACCCCUACGUCUGUACCUGGUCUGCGGGCUAAGUUACUUUUUCUCAGGUGUGACCAAAACCUUGUACACAAAUGAAGGUAU